CGCAUCCCGCUUCUCCAACCCCGACUCGCCUCGGCUCUGCCAUAUCGUUGGGUGAAACCUCGCAACAAAGAGAUCCCCGUCGAUCGCCCUGCAUCUACCGGCUUCGCUGCGAAGCCCAGCGAGCCCUCUCGCUGCCUCGCCCCCCCCCGUCCCUCCUUUGUAUCCGUUCUUUAUGCCCCGCCGCAAUGCGCCUUUUCAGCAAGUUUCAAACCGUGUGCGCCUUGGCUGUGUUCAGCAUCUUCCUAUCCGCUUCGUUUCUCGCCUCCCAGCAUUACUACCGCCGGGUAGUCCUGACGAAUGAGCCGCCGUCCGAUUUCCAGGUCGCAGCCUCAUUCGACCGCCGCCUGGUUGUCUUCGGAGACUCGUGGAGUGAUAACAAUGCCGCGGAACUUCACGGUUCCGUUUGGACGGAAUGGCUUUGCUCGUCGUUCUCAUGUCACCAUGAGAACCUCGCAGAGACUGCAAAGUCCAUGAAAGGGGACUACAUUGGCUCCGUGGUCGACAACACCCAGCUGUCGGGCUCAUUACUCAACCUCUACAAGUCGCCUUUGGCCGACAUGAAAGCCCAGGUCCACAACUGGUUGUGGGCCGAGACGGAAGCCAUGAAAGAGAUGGACGCCGAUGCCAUUGCCAUGCGCCAGAAUCGCACUAUCGUGAUCGUCUCGUUCGGGGUCUGGGACCUGUGGAAUGUAGUCGGGCAGAAGUACGACGACGCCGCCAAGUCGGUCGACCGCAGUGUUGGAAUCAUCAUGGAUCAACUCAAUCUGCUGGCCGACGCCUGGGGCAGCAACGAUCUCAAGAUCAUUCUGACGUUGGCCCCGGAUGUAACCUUCCUGCCGGCCUAUAGGGACCAAGGGGAGCCGCAGAUUGCUAAGCACAAAGAGGCCGUCCGGAUCGCGGAGCACUGGAACGGGCAACUCCGGAAUUCCGCCGAGAAUUGGGAGAAUGGCACGGUUUAUCUGUUCGACACUAAUUCGUUCCUGGCCGAUCAGAUCCGCGACAGACAGCUCUUUGCCGCCGGAAUCGAGGAGUCGAAUGGGUUGGGCAAGAACGAGGAUCCCGGCUGGGAGAACGUUGACGACGCAUGCAUCCAACACACGCAGCAGUGGGUGGUGACGUCAGACACGAAGCAAUGCGACCACCCGGAGAAAUUUUUAUUCUGGAACGCCAUGCACCUCGGUCCCUCUGCGCAUCGACUCCUGGGCACGGAAGUGUUCCACGGGAUCGAAGAGAUGUGGCUCCGGUAAAAUCUUUCCUUUCAGAUCAAAUUCAAGAGCGCAAUAAAAAAAAAGUUCCAAAAUGCAGCCGAUGCUGUUCUUUGCCCUUGCCACCUUAAGACGUAACUCGCCGUGCAAGGAAGCGGAGGUGUCUUCUGUAGAUGAUUAGACCACGGCGGCUGCUUCCCGAGACCAGCAAACGCAGCAUACUGCA